AUGUGCUGCGAGUGCAGAAAGGAGAUCCCGGCGGCGGAGGACCCGGCCUAUUGCGAUGGCGCCUACCCGGCGGGCACCUAUGGCACGUGCCGGCGCGGCUUCGCGUGCGGGUCGUGCAAGGACAAGGUCUGUGCGGACCACGGGGCAUACUUUUGCAAGCUUCAGGUCUACGCCGCCGACAAGUCCGAGGACGUGACGAUCACGGGCGUCAACUUGAUGUACCACCCGCGCAACGACGCCAAGCAGCCCGGUGCCUCCUACUUCGAGGCCAGCAGGCGGCUGCUCCGCGGCGAGGCGGAGGCGCGGACUCCGGAGAGCGAGCUCCCAGUCAACUUCAAGUGCCUGCAGCUCAGCAAGAUCCACGGGCUCAAGGGCAAGGCAGAACAGCUCGCGGGAGCAAGAGGACUACGGUUUGACGUCAACAUCCAGCUCCACAGGCGCGCGCCGACGACGACGCGCGCGCUGGUACCCACGCGGACUCGUAGGUUCGACACGCUCAUCCCGGGCGGCAUCUACACGUCCACGGCCAUGGACGUGCUCCACGUCAUCUACAUCGGCGUCGUGCCCAAGUUCGCCAAGAUGCUCGACGCGCUCUUCGUCGGCAACCUGCGCGACCCGGAGGACAAAGUGAAAACGUACGAGGACGUCCACCAGCGGCUCGAGGAUCGCCUGGCGGCGAUGCCCCGCAUGGUCGACGGCCACCACAGCCUCAUGCACUUCACGUUCGGUUGGUGGGCCGGUCGCUCAGGACUCAGCAAGGGCGACGACUGGCUGAACCUGUUCGAGCAGCUGCUGUUCUUGUACAUAGAUGACAACAUUUUACUACCUGAUCACGACAUGCGACAAAAAGUCGUACGAUUACAUGUGGAGUUCUACGGCCUCAUAAGGGAGGUCAAGCGAAAAGUUUGGCGAAGUGGACGUGAACUCAAUGACAUGAAAGACCGGAUGACUCGUUUUGUAAAUGAAUUGGAAUGGUUUCAUGAUUUGGUCCCUACGAAGGCCUCCAGCUGAGGCUCGUCAGCCGUGGACCUCUACCGAAACGGGCGCCCUGCUUACGCACGCAGCGCGAGCUGGCGGCGCUCCGAGCAGUCUGCGCCAACCAGGGACCCUCGACGCGGCGCGGCGCGCGGCGCGGCGCGCGCCGCGGCGCCGCGCCCCGGGCUGGGGCCGCCCUAGACUUAUAGGAAACCCUUUAAACGUGA